GUGACAUUUCAGAACUGGACAAAAAUGAAGGGUCUGUACACAUGAGUGGGGAUGUAGCUAAUGACACUGGUAUUUCAGUGACUGGUAUCGUUUACAUUUACCUACAGAUAGAUCCAUAAAGUGAAAUAUAUCAAUAUGGCAGCUUGGAGCUGCAGGUUUCUGAGACUGGGAGAUCCGCUUUUAAGAGGAGCACAUUUUAUCGCCAGUCGAACAGCACCCGCAACAGACAGGUAUUUGGUAAGUUUUCAAUUUGUGCGGACCAUCAAGAGCUCGACCUGGUGGGAUGAACAUCUCUCGGAGGAGAAUUCAGCCUUCCUGCGGAAAGCGGUUCCGGAGGAGUACGACAGAAUGACCGCCAGCAAAUUAAACCCCCUGAAAGACGAGCCCUGGCCCAGACACGCGUGGGAGCCAGGGAGUCGGAGAGUGGGUGUGGUGGCGCUGAAGCUGGGGAUGAUGCCUAUGUGGACAAAAACAGGAGAGAGACAAGCCGUCACCAUGCUGCAGGUGCAAGAUUGCCAUGUAAUCAAGUACCUGUCCAAAGAAGAAUAUGACGGGCACACUGCAGCUCUGAUGGUGGGGGCCAAAAAUGUGUCUCCAUUCCACGUAUCAGAAACGUCCAUGGACAUGUUCCGGAAGGCUGGGGUCCCCCCGAAACAGAAGGUGACGACAUUCAAGGUGUCCGACAACGCCAUUAUCAAACCAGGCACUCCGCUGUACGCUGCCCACUUCCGCCCGGGGCAGUAUGUUGACGUCACAGCCAAAACAAUCGGCAAAGGGUUUCAGGGGGUCAUGAAGAGAUACGGGUUCAAAGGUCAGCCGGCGACCCAUGGACAAACAAAGACGCACAGAAGGCCAGGGGCCUCAGGUCCAGGGGGGGAUCCCGCCAAAGUCUUCAAGGGGAAGAAGAUGCCGGGCCGAAUGGGGAACGUAUACGACACGGCGCAUGGGUUACAGGUUUGGAGAGUCAACACCAAAUACAACAUCAUCUACGUGAAGGGGUCGGUUCCGGGGCACAGGAGCUGCCUGGUCAAGGUGAGGGACUCUAUCCUGCCGACGCGGUUGGAGCACAUCCAGAACCCCCCGUUCCCCACCUACUUCACAGACGGAGACGAGGAGCUCCCGGAGGACCUGUACGACGAGGCCGUGUUCCAGUUCGCAGAGCCCUCCGUCACCUUGGCCUAAAAAACCCGCCUCCACAUCUGGAUCCCACGGGGGAUGGGCCGGACCGCGGCGAGAGACACGCAGCUGUCCUCUGCCCGUUUUUGGCCUCCCAUCGCCACGGUAACCCACUUUUUAAAACAAAGACAAGCCAGAGGCCAUGAGGACAUGAUAAUGUGGGGAGUGCAAGGCUUUCAGAGAACAGCAGAGUGAAAUACCUGCAGUUCACAUCACCUGGUGCACUUAUUCACAAAGCAGUAGGCCUCCAUCGCAGCCCUGUGGAAUUAUU